AUGCCCUGGCGGCCGCUGUCUCGAAUCGCCUUCGCCGUCGCCAUCUAUCCCUUCCAACCCUCCAGUCCCGACGAUUUACCCCUCGAACUCGGCGACGAACUCUACAUCAUUGAACAAGGCGGCGCAAAUGGCGAAUGGUGUCGGGGUUAUCUCGUUGCGCCGCCAUCCCUGUUGGCAGGGUUGACCAGCACCAAGGGCCAGACCCUCGAGGCGCGAGUCUUCUCCGGGAUCUUUCCGCGCAAUUGCGUCGAGAUUCGGGAGGUUCUUGGCGACUCGGACGCGCAGAAGACCCUGACAAAUGGAGACCGUUCGAGUCUACCUCAUGUAGACGGUGGUGGUGAUCUGGAGGUGGAUGUGCGAAGCAGUCUGGCGUCCUCGCAGGAUGAUUACACCAACGGCGAGGUGUCCGAUGUUGUGAUCGCGAAGAAAGGAAAACCCUCGCAGAUCUUCAUCCAAAAGUCAGACGAGGAUGAUCAAGGAAGCCCACGCUCGCCUUUCGGUGCCUGGAGAUCCGUUUCCAUGCCGCAUACUCCUGUCACCGUGACCCCUCGCGAUCCCAAUGCGCCCAAGCCCGCCGCCCCGGUUCCUAUGCUGAAGAUUGGGGAUGAGACCCCUACUUCGUCCGAGCCGCUGGUAGACGAAAUCGCCUCGUGUUUGCGGGAAUGGCAUUCUACGAACCUGCAUCAGCUCCUACUCGGUCGGCAGUAUAACAUUGUGGAGGAGAUGUCUCACAUCGUCCAAUCCUUGGACUUUGCCCGACGACAGCUGCUGUACAACGUGCUCACAUCGCAGGAGAAGGAGGUGUUGCGAAACGAGGUCGUCUGGAAGCUGGUUCGCGGCAACAAAAUGCUGGGUGGGGAGGUCAUUGUCCGGGAUCCUCAGCAGCGUGGUCGUCUGUUGACCGGCGACGACUCUGCGGUCCAAUUGGCCAAGCUGCAGUCGGAGAUGAGCAUGCUGGACACCAGCCCAACGACCCAGGCGGAUACUGCUGCGCUCCACCAUAUGCUUCUUGAAGUCAAUGCCGUGUCAGGCAACGCGCCCGGCCCGGUAACGCUCGCUGUCCAUCUGUGUUCUCAAUCGGAGACCGGCGUUCUCAAAGCCUUGUCGGAAACGUACCUCUUGGAUAUCCCGUCGCCUGAACGAUUCGCGUCCAUGGGGCAAAGCAGCAAGCUGAAGACGCUGUUCACAGAGCUGUGCGGCACGGAUAUAGGCGAUGGCUCGGCUGGUGGCCCUAAGCUGUAUCUCGUCGUUGCCGUCCGAGCACCGGAGAGCACGUCAGCUCCCAAUGCCUCAUCUCAACCAAGGACAUCUAUCUCUCGCGAAGGGUCCUCCGCCUCGAAAACGCAACCGGUAGUCGGCCCGUCGGUUAAAGGGAGUCUGAAGACUCGCCGAAGUAUGAUGUGGUCGUCCAAGUCCCGCGGGAUUCAAAGUGCAGAGCCGAUCAGAGAAAAUAGUGCUGCUCCUCCUCAGUCUGCGGAGAGCACAAGCAGCACCAAGGAACGGGCUAAUGCCCAAUCCGUGAAGGAAACGCCUCAGAUCCGCACCAUCGGAAUUGGUCUUUUGGAGGUGUCUCAGAUCCUUCGUCAAGACAAAGAUGCCGAACAAGUGAUCAACAUUUGGACGCCCUCGACCGACCCUGACGAGGCAGACGUACCUCUUGAUGGUUUCGACGGACUGAUUCGCACCCUCCUCCCCAGCUCUACUGGAAAAUACACGAGAUCGCCACGUGCUGCACGACUCCAUCUCCACCUAUACCCUUUUGUCUGCCCUGAUGCGGACACCCUGGUCCGGAAAAAUCCUACGAUCAUGCACAAUGUCACCCAGACCCGGCGAAUUGGCUUCUCGCAAGCGCCGACGAAGCCCCGGUCCGAUAUCUAUGUGACGAUCUCCCAGGCCAUUUUUCCUCCAGAGGCUCUCCUUUCCCACCCACAAGCCGGACAGGUUCCCGUGCCUGUGACAACCCCGCUCCGUAAUCUACAACUGACUCUCGAGGUGCGGGCAUCAUCCGGAGCCCGCAUUGACAGAUGUGUCUUUCCCUCUUCCAACAACACGCCCCACACGGCAUGGCGGACGACGAUAGCUGAACGAGGCGCCCCAUGGAACCAGACCAUUCGGCUUAACAUUCCGACUGAACAAAUCCCGGGAUCUCACUUGAUCAUGAGUAUCGCGGAUGCCCCUGAGUUUCCUUUUGCGCUUGCUUGGAUGCCCCUGUGGGACAACCAGGCAUUUAUGCGGGAUGGACCCCAUUCUCUACUGCUACAUGCUUACGACAAAUGCACUUCGAGCAUUGAGAACGGAAAGGGUGCGUAUCUUUCUCUCCCAUGGAGCUCAUUGGGCAAGAAUGAGUCUGCCAAAGACGAGGCGAUCACAGGCCCCUUGGCUACUCUGCGCCUGGAAACACAUCUGUGCAGUACGGAGUACUCUCAGGAUCAGGUGAUUUUGAGCCUUCUGAAUUGGAAAGAACGCCCUGGAACUGAGGUGCUGGAUACGCUGAAGCGAGUUCUGUUUGUUCCCGAAAUCGAGAUUGUGAAGCAGUUGAGCAGCGUUUUUGAUGCCCUAUUCGGGAUCUUGGUGGAAAAUGCUGGAAAUGACGAGUACGAGGAUCUGAUCUUCCGCGAUCUGGUGACAGUCUUGGGCAUUGUACAUGACCGACGAUUCAAUCUUGGCCCUCUCGUGGACCAUUACACCGAAAAUCAGUUCAACUUUCCGUUUGCGACGCCGUGCCUUAUCCGCAGCUAUCUCCGUCUUCUCCAGAGCUCUUCUGAUCCAGAGCAGUCGCGCAAUCUGCGUGCCACGUUCAAGGUGGGACGACAUGUCCUUAAAUUCAUCAUCAAUGCCAGACAACAGCAAAAGGAAAAGGAGGAGAAUAUUGGGAUUACUCGGAUUCAGUCGACCUUCAACCGGGACCUGCACACGAUAUUCAAAUCGCUGGAGGCUCUUAUGAAGAACAACUCACCCGCGAUGAUUGGAAGCAAGACUCUUGUGGUCCAACACUUUCACACUUGGCUACCCGAGCUCUCCAAAGUGCUCCCGAAAGACGAAAUAAUCAUGAUUGCCCUCAGCUUUAUGGACUCGUGUAAGGAUGUCACGGGUAUGCUGAUACUGUACAAGUUGGUACUCAUCCAGCACUACACGCGCCUGAAGAUAUUCAGCUCUGGCUCGGAGAGACAGAGUUUGGUUUCUAGUUGCAUUGGGUGGUUGGCACCGUAUUGGGGAGCAACCGGUGCGGUGUCUGACUUGUAUCGGGACCAAGUCCGGUUGAACAGCGCGAUUGUUGCGGAGCUCCUGAAGGAGCCGGAUCCACAGCUUUAUGGGUUCAUGCCGAAGAUCGUCGCGUCUUACUACUCGAUCAUUCCUGACGGGGUCGAGGAAACUAGCUACCUCUCUUUGCUCUUUAGCAAGUCUUUCCCCUUCCAGGUGAAGUCAUCCAAGACCUCUCAGAAGUUUGACGAGGCCCUCGUCGAGCUGUCUGCGAUUAUGGCUGCAACUGCAGCGAUACCCAACCCGAAACGCCCGCGACUGAAGGGCAUAGAGCUUUCCACCUUCCUCACUCAGGCGUUUGAAGUCCAUACCUCCAUUUUGAACUGUGAGGCGUACCCAGAGUGCUGGCUUAGCGUCCACGUUUAUAAUCACCGCGCAACCGUGAAGAGCCUCGAGUUCCUUGCCACAAUUCUGAUGGAUAAGUUCUUGCCAGCUCCUGAUGAUGCCGAAAGUUUUGACACGCGACUGUGGGAAAUGUUCUUCAUGACCCUGCUGAAGGUUGUGUCUAGCGAUGCUCUUGCUCUGGAGACUUUUGCCGAACAGAAACGGCGUGCAGUGUGGAAGAUUGCGGGCGACGUUCGCGAACAAGGUGCGGACUUGUUGCAUGCCAGCUGGGAAGCCAUCGGCUGGGAGGCAACCGACGAGGAGCGAGAACGCUUUGGAUUGAACCGCCUGGGUGGGUACCAGGUGCAAUAUGUACCUGGUUUGGUGUCACCCAUCAUUGAGCUCUGUCUCAGUGUGCACGAAGGCUUGCGCCGGGUUGCGGUGGAGAUCUUACGGACCAUGAUUCUCAGUGAAUGGGGACUUAACCAAGAUCUCUCUAUCAUCGAGACGGAGAUCAUUUCCAGCCUGGACAACCUCUUCAAAUCCAAGGAUAUGAACGAGGGUGUCGUUCAAAAGAUGUUUAUCGGGGAACUGUCAGACUACUUUGAAGGCUGCGCCUCCUUCGAUGAAGACUUGUCUAGUGCCGUUCAAGGGCUCAUUGCUACUGUAGACGAGUUGCUUGACCUGUUCCUGGCGUCGCAGGGCGGCUCAAUGGCCGAGAGCUUGCACACUCUGCGGUUGAUGGAAUACAUGAAAGACAUGGGUCGCGAGGACAUCUUCAUACGAUAUGUCCACGAGCUUGCGCAGGUUCAAGCUGCAGCGGGCAACUUUACCGAGGCAGGCCUUGCACUUCAGUUCCAUGCCGAUCUCUACGACUGGGACCCGAGGCGAACUGUCCCCGAACUCAUCAACCCUGCAUUCCCUGAGCAGACGUCGUUCGAGAGAAAGGAAACGCUGUAUUUCUCGAUCAUCCAGUAUUUUGAAGACGCAAAGGCUUGGGCUCAUGCGCUUGUUUGCUACAAGGAACUUGUCCAGCAAUAUGAAGAUACGACCAUGGACUUUGCCAAGCUCGCGCGCGCACAGAGCUCUAUGGCCAAGAUCUACGAGACGAUCGCGAGAGAAGAUAAGCAGUUCCCUCGCUUUUUCCGCGUCGUUUACAAGGGGCUUGGUUUCCCGACCACCUUGCGUGACAAGGAGUUCAUUUUUGAGUGCUCUCCUGUCGAGCGCAUGGCGUCUUUUGUUGACCGGAUGCAGCGGGAGCAUCCUGCGGCACAGAUUGUUUCUUCCGGGGAAGCCCACGACUAUGAAGGCCAAUUCUUGCAUAUCAGUCCCGUUAGCGUUCAUCGGGAGAUGGCUCAUCCUGUCAAUCAGCGUUCGAAGGUUCCUCCAUCGGUCAGGGAUCACCUGAUGAUCUCCGAGCCUAACCGGUUUACUUCGACGCUGAAACGGCAUGUUCGGAGCGCGGAUGUUGAGGAGCAGUGGGUCGAGAAGGUCGUCUACACGACUGCUGAGCCCUUCCCCAACAUCCUUCGCAGAAGCGAAGUGGUUGCAGUGGAAGAGAUCGCGUUGACACCGCUGCAGACGGCCCUCGAGCGGACAUGGCGCAAGACCCAGGAGUUGUCGUUGCUACAGAGACGCGCGGCGUCUGGUGAAGAUACCAGCCUGUCGAACCUGACCGAGGCACUGGAUCAAUUAUUGGACCUCAACUCCUCGUCUCCCAGCUGCCGAGGAAGAGAACGAGGACACCCCGACGCCAGUCGACCCGAUGAAAAAUUCUUUGGCUGUGGCUCUCAUUGA